UUCAGAAAAGAAAUACUCAGUGGCCUCCUUGGUUACCAAGGAAACAGUACGCAUUCGGGUAUGCUCGGUUCUUAAGGAGACAUAAACUAAUGGGUAAAUUCUUCAACUGGAUAGGAGGUGAUAUAUACAUACCAGUUUUGUGGCAGGCACCGCUACUAGAAUCAGACGAUAAACUUCCGGUUCUCGUAAUGUCUCACGGUAUUGGCGGGAAUCGCACGACAUAUAGCACGUUCUGCUGCGAGAUAGCGUCUCACGGUUUUAUCGUGGUCGUCCCGGAACACCGGGAUGGAAGCGCGUCUAUGACCUACUUAUUAAAAGACAAUAUGAGGGGGACUGUUGUGGAAUUAUUGAAAGAUCACGAGUGUGGAUUACAUAGGAGACAUACCAUGCAUAAAUCUCACAGUUUCACUGAAGAGUGGCAAUCCUUUGAACACACAGAUCCACUUGGAAUUCAAUGGGAUGACUACGAUUAUAGAAAUAAACAGGUUCAUCAGAGGGCUUCCGAAUGUAUUCGUCUGCUCGACGUUCUUACUGAUAUUAACGACGGACGUAGUGUUCGCAACUUCUUGGGCUUCCAUUUCAGUCUUAAACAAUUCAAGGGUCGCAUGGACAUGUCGAAGGUGGCGUUUGCUGGACAUUCCUUUGGUGGGUCAACAUGUGUAACUACACUAGGACAAGACAAACGUUUCAAAGUGGGUAUAAUGCUGGACGCGUGGAUGCAUCCCCUUAACGAAGAGUUAUGUUCUAAAGUGACACAGCCAGUUCUCAUACUCAAUUACGAGAAGUUCCAGUGGCAGAAAAACGUGAAACAGAUGUCAUGGUUACAAUCUGAUGACGUAGACAGGACAAUGCUCACGUUAAGAGGAGCUUGUCAUCAAGCUAUUAGCGAUUUUCAGUUCAUUGUUGGAAAAGCAUUUGGAAAAUUAAUGGAAGUCCGGAGUGAUCUGUCUCCAAAAGUGGCAAUGGAUGUUAACAAAAGAGCUACCCUUGGUUUUCUAUCAAAACAUCUAGGAUUAGAUGGUCUAGACAGUGGUAAUGACGUGUUGACAGGAAGUCACAAGGACGUUAUCCUGGGAACAACUCUGGAUGUGACGUAAUUUCCAGAAAUCUUUACGUUAGAAUCCUGACUGUGAUAUUUAGAUAUUUAUAAAAUGCCAUGAGUUACCGUUAUGUCUUUCGAUAUAAAUUAUCACAAUGCAUUAUUUUUAUGACUUCUUUUUAUAUUGAUUACGUUACCGUCCGUUUUUGUAAGAAAAGUGCUUGCACGUUAAUUUGUACGUCAUUGAUUACAGGUGCAAUUUUAGUUUAACCACUUCAGAAUUGACUGUUUUUUUCUAUACAUACUUGAUGUUAUAAUAAUAUAGGUUAUAUAAGUAUAAUGGCUGCACAAUUAUGGAGGUUUGAAAACAACAUGUUUACAAUUGGUACUGUUGGAAAGGGUAAGUUACCGUUCAGUGUACACGCUUUCUAAUGUUACGUUUUUUAGUUAAUCUUUGACGGUUUUUAACAUUUUUUUUUAUUGAAGCAGGAGCCAGAAUAUGAUGCCAGAUCUUCGUCGGGCAUUUCAUUUUUGUUAAAUUUGCAAAGUUAUGAUAUAAACUUAUUUUUGUUUCUGUGAUAUAUCGCAUUCUUCUAAAUGUUACACAUCUUUAUUAUAGGUACAGACAGGAAUAUCAAGCUCUCCGAAAACAGUUACCCUCGAGCUAGAUAUUUCGGUCUGUACCGGCAGCCUGUGUAAGAUCUUAUUUUAUUCCAUGUAGGCUUUUAUUUAACAAGUCUUUUAAAUGGUUAAAGAAAAAUCAUGUCAUAAUUUUUUAGAAUAAUCGGUUUGCAAUAUGAAAUAUACAGACUUUUAAAUUAAGUUUAAAGAAAUACAAAUUAUUUUUUAAUUUGUCGUUACUUGAUUAUCAACAAAUAUGUCAAUCUAUUUUUAUUCCUUUCAUAUGAUGCGAUAUUUUUGAGGAAGAAGUUUAAAUCCAAAUUUCAAAUUCCAGUGGCAUUGAGAGAGUUACAUUAUUUUUUAUUAUAUAUAUUAUACGUCUCUUCACCAAGGGUAUUGUCAAUACAAAUGUAUACCUUAUAUGUAUUUUUCAUAGAUCCUGUUACACAAAUUUCUUAUGGUUUUAUGUCAUAGAUAUAAUGCUCAAAUUAAGAUUUGUCAAUAUUGUAAGUUUCAAAAAGCAUUAUUUAUAAAGAUAUUACCGAAUUAAACAUUUCAUGUAAAUAAAGGGAGCUAAUUAGAAAUUCAUUUUCUAUAAUUUUUCAAUAAGAAAUGAAUGCAUAUAUUUUAAUGAUUACAUAUAAUGUGCACAAAUGUUUACAGUACAUAUUUUACAUAUUCUCCGAUGCUUGAAAAUUGUUUUAUAAGCAUAAUUAUAUACAUAUAUAUAUAUAUAAUUUCACUUAAGUGUGGUAUACAACCUCAAUUACAACAUACAGGAUCUUUAAACUUUUGAUGCAAUCUCAUUUUGAUAGUAUUUAAUUUGAUUUGUUUCAUUUUUUGACUUCUGAAGAUGAUUUUUAUUUAUGUAUUUAAAGGCACUUUAUGCUCAGAAAUCCAUAUUUUUUAAAUUUGUUUUUAGAAAUGUCAAUGUUUAAUAAAUAAUGGAUUUAGAGCAUAAUAAACGUUGAACACGCUGAAUGUGCACUAAUCUGUCAUAAAGGUUGCAAAAUGUAAACAAAGUAUUAUUUUUACUUCCAUACAAAAUGCUCAUUGGCGACAGAGCCAAAGAAGUAAAAUAUAGUUCAGCUCUGUGGCGAAUAAGAUAUUUUUAUUUAUAUCAAGGUACCAAAAAUGAAAAAGUUUUGAGAAAUAGAAAUGAUAGCAUUUCUGAGGGCACAAUGGGCCUUUCAAACAUGAGAAAUCAACAUUAUUUUAAUUUUAGUCAGCAAAUUGGCAUUAUAUAUGGUACAAUUCCUUUGGGCAUUUUAACAAUUAAAUAGUGAUGAAUAUACUAUCAAAAUAACUGUCCUAACCUAGUUAAAAUGGAUUAGUCUGCAAUGAGUACAUUUUCAAAACGUUGUUUUUCAAAUAUUGAUAAAAACAAUAAAAAUAUAUAAUUUGAAAGUUCAUGAAAGAAAAAAUGUUGAUCUGGUGAUUUUGUAUAAACAUUUAUAUGAUGAAUAACAAUAUUUGUUAUAGAACACUUUAUUAUCUGCUAUAAAUACGUAAUAAUGGCUCAUAUAUCUGGCACUUACCAGCAACAUCCAUAUAUAAGUAUUUAGUUUCUUUGUGUCUCAUCUCUAUCAACAUAAUCUUUUGUGGCAUCGCAUACCUUCCAUUAUCGACCAAUUCACCUAAUAACAAAAAAAUUUGAAACACCUCUUAACGUUAUUUUAGAAAUGACAUCAAAGACGUUAACAAAUAAAAAAGAAAUCACUUUGAAAUAUUGAAAAUAAUUUUGAAUAGGUAAUAAUAAGUAAAUUGUUAAAGUUUGUAUUUAUUUAUUUACCAUUUAUAAUUAAUUUCUUUAAGAAUUUAAUAUGCCAAUAAGGAAACAAGUAUGUGACUUUAAUGGCUGUUUCCACAUGCUAGCGGCCUUUAAUGGUUAGACUGAAUCAUAUAUGAGAAUAUAUAGAAGCUAGCCAUUCUAAAUAGACAAUAUCACAGGGGCAUUACAAUAAUUGUCAUUAUAUUACACAAAUAGUAAAAUAACUGUUUGUUAUCAUUCCGAAAUGAGUGGAAAAUCUUGGUUCCUGUCAGAUUUAUUCAUGUAAACUUCUUUUUCUUCUUGCUUACAAUGGACUUGAUUGGCGAUUUCUGUUUUUUUGUAUGAACAUUGUCAGAAAAUGUUAUUUUUCCAUUUAAAUUAUUAUUAUAUAUAUUAUUUUUUAAUAUCAAUUAUACAAUACAUACUUUUCCAUGUUACACCUUAAAUGCUAUAUGAUAUUAAUAUAAAACUUAAGUGUUUGAAUGAUAAUAUUUUAUUACAUGCUUUUCGGUGGUUUAUAGAAAUAUAUCAGUGAUAUAAAACUGGUAAUUUCACUGUUUGAAACAGUGAAAUUACCACUUUGAUAAUUUCACUGUUUUGAAUUUAAGCCCCUUACCUUGUUUCAGUGAAAUACAAGCGUGCACAGUACUGGGUACCAACUUAAUGACGUGACGUCGUAAAUGACGUCACGUUGUAUUAUUAUUUGGCGCGUUUUUCAUUCAGUAUUAGGUUUAAUGUCUUUUUAAAACGUUUCUUUGCAUAUAAUAAAAAGAAAAUUUGUUUAGUUUAGUGUAAGAUCGAAAUAUAUUUCACCUUGUGAACACCAAAAGUUCAUAUUUCACUCGUGGCUGCGCCACUCGUGAAAUAUACCUUUUGGUGCUCACUCGGUGAAAUAUAUUCCGAUCUUACACUGAACUAAACAAAUAUCCUCUAUGUAAUUG